UCAUUCUACCAUAUCAACCAUCUUCCCAAGAUUCCAACUCUUACUUUUGCUCUGUUUCUACCGCACCACCAUUUCUUCAUCCUCUUCUUUUCGCUCUCUCUCUCUCUCUUUCUCCAUUGCUCGAGUUGAAGAGGAAAUGGACGAAGGAGAUGAAGCGCAUGUCUGCAAAAUCUGUGACCGGACGUUCAGAUGUGGCCGAGCUCUGGGAGGCCAUAUGAGGUCGCACAUGACCACGCUCAAGCUCCCCAUAGAUCCGAAGGGUCAGCACCAAGCGCAGCAGAAGCAUCGCCACCAACACCACCGAGAAGAAGAAGAUGAGGAAGAAGAAGAAGAAUUAUAUGAAGAAGAAGAGGAGGAAGAAGAAGAAGUGAGAGGAAGACGAAGAAAGCAGAAGAAGGAAGAAGAAGGAAAUGAAGUUAGUGGAAGCAGAAGAAAGCAGAAGGUAGUAGUAGUAGAAGAUGAUGAUGAUGAUGAAGAACUGGCAGAGGAGGAAGAAGAUGGAAUCGUCAGAGAAGAGAUCGAGGAGAACUUCGUAUACUCAUUGAGAGAGAAUCCCCGAAGGAGCUUCCGCUUCUCCGAUCCCGAGUUCUCUUUCACCAUUGACGCCUCCUCCCCCGGCGUUCCACCACCAACCGACAUCACCAUGACUUCCGUCCACGACAGCCAAAGCGAGACGGAGGAGCUUUCUGGCCCCAGGCGCCGGCCAAGCAGGAAGAAGGUUGCUCGCCUUCGUUUUCCCUUCUUCUCUGGGGGCGAAGUAUCGCCGGAGGAACCCGUUAGCUCCAUCUCCAAUACUUCGCCAGAGGAGGACGUCGCCAUCUCCCUCAUGCUACUGUCCCGUGAUGUGCGGGCCCUAACGGACUCAUCCAUCGCCGCCUCCUCAUCUCCCUUGGGGCUUCGCUCGAAACGACGCCGGAAGUUCCAGUGCGGCACUUGCAAGAAGCUCUUCCCGUCCUACCAGGCCCUCGGCGGCCACCGUGCAGGCCACAAGAAGACUAAAGGGGGCUGCGCCCCUUCCGGACUCGGCCUCCCGGAGCUCUUCGGUGACAGGAAAAUCCACGAGUGCCCCUUUUGUUUCAGGGUGUUCGGGUCUGGCCAGGCCCUGGGAGGCCAUAAGAGGACCCACUUUUCCGGCGCCGGGUUCGGAAUUCCAAUGCCAGAGACGGAUGACAGCAUGCUCGAUCUGAACCUCCCGGCAACUGUCGACGAUUCAACAUCGGCUUUGUCCGAUGCAGAGUUUAUCGAUCCAGACAACCCCAAUUAAGCUUCCAAAUCGGGAUCUUUCGAUCCUUCCUUGAGUGCCCACCUGAAAUUUCUGUUGAAAGAUCACUUUUUCGUUUCAUUCUGAUCGCAAGCAAUCCAUUGGUUGUCCAGCGAAGAUUGAUCAACAUGUCUGUGACUUUGUCAUGCUUCCGAUAAAUCUGAUGGCAACUCGUCGGCAGAUGGUCUUUCUGGGGAGUUCGUGAAGUUCCGGUGGCCAUUCUGUGAUCUAAGGUAGCAAAAUUGGUCUGAAAUUCAUUGUACAUUUUUCUUCAUUUUCUUUUAGAAUUACUGUUGUAUAUGUUUUGGGGGGUCUUACUGAAUCUGAUAUAAGUUCAUUUUCCUUCUUCCUCAGUUUUUUAAGCAAUUUAUAUAAUUUCAUUGGGAAUUUGAAGAGUAUUUAAAUUC